CCUUGCUGGGUUGAGGGAAGGAUGGGAUUGGGGAAAUACAUUUUUUUCCUAUGCCUGCCUGCGGUUUACACUUUACACAAAAUGCCUUUUGUUGUUGACAUCAACCUAUUCCCAACUCCUCCAGCUAAGAGUAAAAAACGAGCCAAAAUUUCGCAAAUUCUUCUCAAACUCAUGUCCUUGCGAAUUUAUUUAUGUACAUAGUUAAUCAUGAUGGAUUAACUACUCACUUAACUCCUGUGGGUAACAUAGAGUGAGAACUUUUAACGAGGCUGAUCUCUCCGAGAGAGGAGGAGAGAGGGCUUAAACUUGUGAAAAGGAGGAAAUAUUAAAGGAAAUAGGAAGGAAGGGAUGAUUAAUUAGUUAAAUGUUUGGUAAUUGUUUUAGUUGGUAAGUUAGUGAGAGUGAGGGCAAGCUGUCAAAAGUUUUUAUCUGAUAACUGUAAAGAAGAGGGGUGUGGCGUAGAUGUUUUACAAUAUGAGAUAUCAUAAUUUUUUAGUUGGCGUUCUAGUUAACGUCACGUUAAGUUUUUCGCGGAGUUGAAAUCCGAUACCUCAUUUCUCCUCCCUUCAAGACAAGAUUGAACCUGUUCAAACGACCAUGUCGAUAAAUAUCUGUGGACAGAAGUACCCACCAACGAACGCAGCGAACAAGUAGAAUAAUUCAACGAAAUCGAAAUCAAGUCGAGAAAAGAACAGUUACAUUAAUUUUGAAAAGACAAAUUGUUCUGAGUGUGACCAAGUAUUAACUUGUGAAUAGAAAACAAUUAACGACUCUUUCGUGUGUCAUCAUCAUUAAGUUUAAAAACGCUAAAAAUAUUCCGUGUCAGUGUCGUCACAUUAUACGAACAAUUUCAACUUUAUAUUGUCACCCACUUAAAAAACUUGUGCUGAACAAUACAAAACAUUGUUAUGAAUGAUAAAUCGUGGUUGAACAUUUAACAUUCCGUGUGUCGCCGUACUUGAAAAAAUUGUGUCGUCAAAUCGCAUUUCUUCCUACACUGCACUGUCCUCCAACCACCUCCCCCAACACCGAAGGAUAUAAAGCUCCUUCCAACUUGCGAUGAACAUUAAUAUAUCUCAGGCUCAAAAUACUGGAGGAUGGGCUACCGACGCGAACACAAUCUACUUGACCAUGCCGAUCCCCUCCCCCUCGGACCUGUUGGACGAGGCUUCUCCUGGUGACUCUUCCGGAUCCUCCUACGCCUGUCCCGUCUGCAACGUUCAGUUCGCCACUCGUUCCCAGCUCAUGGGCCACACGAGAAAACACAUGAAGGACAAACUGUUCCAGUGUAAGCUCUGUGAGCAAAACUUUCCCUCCCACAAGGAGCUAAAAGCCCACAUGGGGAACAAGGGGGAAGGGGAAGGUCCCUACCCCAUCAACUGCGGUAUCUGCGGCUCCACCUUCCCCUCUCAAGCCUGCCUCACCCAUCACCUCAACUGCCACAAACAAGCCGGAUCAGCUCCCGUCAUCAUCGACAACCCGGCUGCAGAGAGGAGUGAAUAUCAGAUCCAGAUCCAAGUUCAGCCACAGGACCCGAUGGCCCUCGACCUUGACGUGCUUCAAGGCGGUGGCCAUACCCUUACCGUGGACUCCUCCCAGAUCGACAUCUCACACCUCGGUCACGUCGUUGUGAUCCCGUCCUCUGGGAUUAUCACGACCUCCUCUGCCGCCCACCACCAGCACCUCAACAACAAUUCCUCCAUGGCCAAUAACCCGCCCCCCUCCAAACCAAAGGCGAAGCGAAAGAAGAGAGCAAACAAUAAUAACGCUGCGAAUAAUAAUCACAGCGGAGUGAUAGCGGUAGCAAAUAGUAUCCAGCACGGAGUGGCCCACGCCCACACCAUUUCGGGGACGAAUAUCCACGUGGAAAUUUUAGCUAAUCCUAACCAUAGGUACUCGUGCUCCUUGUGUAACAAGACCUUCAAAAACAGCCAGCACGUCCAGCGUCACUUGAGGAUUCAUACGGGCGAGAAGCCCUUUUCCUGUACCGUUUGUUCCCAGUCCUUCUCCUUAAACCACAACCUUCAACGCCACAUGCGAACGCAUACGGGCGAAAAACCCCACAAGUGUCCCGUGUGUACCAAGGACUUUGCGGAAGGGCAUAACCUUAAGCGUCACAUGAUUUCCGCCCACGACGGUCCCACCCCGUACAUCUGCACCAUCUGUUCCCGCAAGUUUGCGGAAAACUCUAUCCUCAAAAAGCAUCAGAGCAAAGCCCACAAAACUGGUGGGGGUGGUGGGAGCACGAGUAGCAGUACGAGUUCGGGAAAUUAAAAGGGUUGUGAAAUAAAUCAUCAGAUGGACAAAGAAAAAAUCAAAUCAAAGCCAGUUUACUGCAAAUCUAUCUCCUACUACAAAUGAUUAGUGAACUGUCUUAAAAAUUAGCUAAUUAAUUAAUAUAUCGAAGAACCAAACUAAAAGAAUAAGAAAAGUUUACAAUUUAUUUUAAUGAGAACAAGUGAUCGUGUAUUCCCGAGAGUGGACGGAUUCUGGAAGAUUAAGAUUAUUAAUCUUUGUGUAUUAUUACCGUUUGAGUUUAAUCAUGGUUAUGUAAAUUAUUUCUGGUACGUAAUUUAAGUGUGGCAUUUAGAGAGUUUACAUUACAUCCAUUUUUAUUAGUUUGUUAAUUUCUAUACUGAAAUUAUUGUAUUUUCAUUACGAGUUCGAAGUACAAUUUUUAAUUUGUGUUGUUUGUUAGAAAAGAUGUCAGGAUCAGAAUCACCUAAAAGUUUGUUACUACACAAGUUUUUGACCCGAGAACAAUUGUUGAUUUAUUUAACUACUUGUUAUCAAUUGUUAACUAACUUCCCGUUCCCGUUAUUGUUAUGCUAUUAUUACGCAAUCAUUCAUUGUUCGUUGUUCUGAGAAUUAUUGUUGCCCGUUAAUUUUGAUUAAGAUUGAAUUUUUCCUCAAGACGAAAAGAUGGCUUGAAACUUAUCAAGAAUUUAAAGUGUGAUAAGUAAUAGUUGUUGUUAAUUGUAAACUGACUAACAUCUUGGUUUUUACAUUACUUUCGCUGAGAAAAAAUUAAUGUCAAUCUAAGUCGGAUAUUUAAAAACCGUAUGUGUACUUAUUUACACAUGAAUUAAUUGUUAUGCAUGUAGACUACUAAUUAUUUAGUAAAAUGGUUUGGUUUAAACGAGGUAUUAAUUAGCUAAUACGCCAUGAUAAUAUAAUGUAGUUGUAAUGGCCAGAGAGAGAAAGAGAGACGGACGAGUGAUACUACUUUUUCAACCACAAAUUACUACAAAAUGUGUAUAUUUAACUUUACAUAUUAAUUAGGACAACAAGUAGACUAAUUAAUUAUAGCUUAGAUUAGGUAUUACUUACAUUUGGAUAUGAAUAUACAUAACAAUAAUCGCUACAUGAUUAGAAUAUAAGUUUAAAUAAUUAAACGGUGUCAUCCAUCCUGCCCUCCCUAUCCUCCUAACGGGGUGAUGAUGAUAAGUGAGUAGAUAAGUUAAAGAUUUACAUCUAAAUGUGCAGAUCUGAUCAUAUGUAAUAUUUAUCAUCAUCACAUACCAACCCAAACCACAAAACAAACGAAUAACUGCUGCGAUCAUAUAUUAAUCGUAAGCAUAAGUUAAGUUUUUUAGUAGUAUUUCUAAUUAACAAGUAAUCCAUGUCGUCGUCACAUCACUUGAAACGAGAGGUGUGCACUGCGGCGAUCUGUGUAAUGGCAUGAUGAAUGUUAGGGAGAAUAAUGGAGCGGUGAUUUAAGGCUAAAAAAUAGUGAUGGGGGCGAGAGAAAUUGUAAAUGGUCCAAGAGAACGAACCCCACCCACUGAAAACCCCACCCCUUCCUUCCUUCCUUUUUUAAAGAGAGCAAUAAAAUAAUAAAAGUGUUACGUAAAUUUAUAGCAAAA